AUGGCGCAGGAACCUUGGAUCCAUCAGGAUCGUAUCUGUGGACUAAGUUUGAAGGGCUAUAAGCUCUACUACGCUAAAGGCGCAGGUAAAAUUAGAUCCUGUAUAUUGGCUAAAAGCUCUUUGAAUAUCAUCAUUCUGUCUGAUUACAGCAAUGAAGAUACAGUAGCAGUCUCAUGGGAAACCAAUGAAGGCAGUUUGUUGUGGCUGAUUUCCAGCUAUAUGGCGCACGAUUAUGGCGAGCAUCCGCUAAAUGAUGCUGUCCGCAGUGCUGCUAAUAAGGCGAAUGAGUCCAGGAUACCUUUAGAUAUCUGUGCUGACGCUAACUCGCACCACAUUAUAUGGGGUAGCAGUGAUACCAAUACAAGAGGUCAGAGUCUUUUCAGUUUCAUUCUUAAUAGUAGUUUGGAAGUAGUAAAUAGAGGUUCAGAACCUACCUUCAUUGUUUCAAAUAGAAGUGAGGUGCUAGACUUUACACUUGUGAGUGCUGAGCACCACAGUAUGAUUACUAAUUGGGCUGUCGCUAGCGACUCCUCCUUUUCAGAUCACCAAUAUAUUGACUUCAAUAUUAGUGUAACGUAUAGGAGUGUUAAUAACAUUAUAAAUAGGAAGAAGACCAAUUGGGAGUUGCAAUGUGACGUACUAUCACAGAUUAUGUACAGAUAA